CAUAGCCCAUGAAAGGGCUUUACAAAAAUUCAAAGCUCUGAAGUCUGGCUCUCUUGUAGGGUUUAAGACACUUCCAUGCCUGCCUGCCACAGCUUAAACUUUAAUCCCAACUCUCCAGAAACGCUUCAGUUCCUUUUCCAUCGCAGAUAGAAGCUUAUGGGAGCACAGAAAUUUCCAGUUUUGUUCCUCUAUGUGGCUUAUUAACUGCCAAUUCCAUGUGGUGUGCUUCUACAUUCAGGUCAGUUUCCCAAAGAAAACUCUUCGGAAACAGUCAAUUUAUACGGUCUCGGGCAGUUUCAGCGCUAGCUCAGUUGACCCCAUGUUACUCGGACUCAAGUGCUGAUGAAUCAAUUUCAAUCCCUGAUAAAAGUGGCACUAAAAUCGAUGAUCCUGUUUGGGAGGUAAAUUCAUGUGGGGUCAUUGAAAUCCUCAAUAAUUUGAAAAAAGAACCCAUUUCUGCAUUGCAAAUAUUUAGGCAAUUGAAGGAGCGAGGUUUUAAGCAUGAUGUUGGGACCCAUGUUGCUAUUAUUAGGAUAUUAUGUUAUUGGGGUAUGGAUAUGAAGUUAGAUUCUGUACUGUUGGAGGUGAUUAAGUCGAGAAAAGAGCAUUUGGGUUUUGAUAUUUCGGAUUUGUUUGAAGCGUUGGUGGAAGGACUAAAUGUUGAGGGGUCGAAUUUGUUGGCUCGGGCUCUUGAAGCCAUGGUUAAGGCGUUUGUUAGUGUGGGUAUGUUUGAUGAGGCUAUUGAUACUUUGUUCCAGACGACAAGGCGUGGUUUUGGGGUGUCUUUGUUGGCGUGUAAUUAUCUGUUGAACCGGUUGGUUGAGUGUGGAAAGGUGGAUAUGGCAGUGGCUAUGUAUAAGCAGUUGACGAGGUUAGGUUUGAGUCCAAAUGUUUACACUUACGGUAUUGUGAUUAAGGCAUUCUGUAGGAAGGGUACUCUGGAGGAAGCUGUUGAUGUGUUUGAGAAGAUGGAGGAAGCUGGUGUGACCCCAAAUAAUUUUACUUAUUCCACAUAUCUGGAAGGGCUUUGCUCACAUGGACGAUCAGAUUUGGGUUAUCAAGUGUUGAUAGCCUGGAGUAGAGAAAGUGUGCCUAUGGAUGCAUAUGCUUAUACGGCUGUGCUGCGUGGUUUUGUUAAUGAAAAUAAACUAAAAGAAGCAGAGGAGGUAUUGCUUAAGAUGGAGGAGCAUGGACUAAUGCCUGAUCAAUUUUGUUAUGGUGCCUUGAUUCGAGGCUAUUGCGAGGUUGGAAAUAUAAUUAAGGCUCUGGCUUUCCAUAACGAAAUGGCAGCUAAAAAUAUCAGAACUAAUUGUGUAAUUGUCAGCUCAAUUCUUCAAUGCCUGUGUCAGAUAGGCAUGUUUGGUGAGGCAGUCGAUCAGUUCAAGAGCUUUAACGAUCUAGGAAUUUACCUUGAUGAGAUUGCAUAUAAUGUUGCAAUUGAUGCUUUAUGCAAACUUGGAAAAGUGGAAGAAGCUGUGAGAUUGCUAGAUGAGAUGAGGUGUAAGAAAAUGGUUCCAGAUGUUGUGAACUACACCACCUUGAUUAAUGGGUGCUGUCUUGCAGGAAGAGUUUCCUGUGCAUUAGACUUACUUGAGGAGAUGGAGCAGAAUGGUCUGAUGCCUGAUAUUGUUACCUAUAAUGUUCUUGCCGGUGGGUUUUCUAGAAACGGAUGUGUUAAAGAGGCAUUGGACCUUGUAAAAUACAUGAAAGAGCAAGGUGUGGCACCAAACACCACAACAUACAACAUGAUCAUCGAAGGCUUAUGUAUUGGCGGGAAGGUAAAGGAAGCUGAAAAGUUUUUUACUAGUUUGGAAGAUAAGUGUUUAGAAAAUUAUGCUGCUUUGAUUGAUGGCUAUUGUGAAUCAAAUCACACAGAAGCGGCCUUUAAACUAUUCCUUAGGCUUGCAAAGCAUAGAGCUGUGGUAAAAAGAAGUUCUUGUCUAAAACUUCUCAGUUGCCUUUGCACAGAAGGCGAAUAUAACAAAGCUAUAAAGUUAUUUGAUUUAGUGCUGUCUUCUGUUGAAGGCCCUUGUGAGAAAAUGUGUACUAAAGUUAUUGCUGCUCUCUGUGGUUCUGGAGAUAUGAAGAAGGCACGGUGGGUGUUUGAUAAUAUGGUUGCCAAGGGGUUACCUCCAGAUGUUAUUACCUACACAAUAAUGUUGAAUGGUUAUUGUAGGGUGAAUUGCUUAAAUGAGGCUUGUGAUCUUUUUAAUGAUAUGAAGGAGAGAGGUAUAACUCCUGAUAUCAUCACUUACACUGUUUUGCUGGAUGGAUAUUCAAAGAUUAAUUUUAGAAGGGAAAAAAGAUUUGGAAAGGAAGGCCAAAAGAAAGACAUUUCUCCUUUAUUGGUUGAAAUGAAGGAGAUGAAUUUGAAAGCUGAUGCCAUCUGUUAUACUGCUUUAAUUGACAGUCAUUGUAAAUCGAACAAUCUUCAAGAUGCUAUUGACCUUUUUAAUGAAAUGAUUGAUAUUGGUCUAGAACCUGAUACUGUAACUUAUAGUGCCCUGCUAUGUGGGUAUUGUAAGAGGAGAGAUGUGGAUAGGGCUGUAAGUCUAGUCAAUGAGAUGUCAUUAAAGGGAAUAGAACCAGAUAGCCACACCAUGUCAACAUUAUACCAUGGUAUCUUAAAGGCCAAGAAAGUACAGUUCCGGCAUAAGAAAUCUGCUGACUUUACUGAUAUGGGAGAUUGAAGGAGCAGAUAACAUAUUUGUGGGAAAUGGGAAUAGCACUGUCUUUGAGGCCUUCUCAAGUCUUACAGUGCCUGAUACAGUUGAUUUGGCAAGAGGAACAAGCACCACGAAGUUUAGAUCACACUUUGCCCAGGAACAUUAGAAUGUAAAACCAGGAGAUCAAGGAGUUCAGAUUGCUUACAUUCUUGAGAUUCAGUGAGCAGGUCAAAAGCAAAUUAGGUUAUUAGAUCACAGUGGUUUAUGUUGAUCAGCAAUCCUUGGUAAAUUGAUAAGAAUGCUGAUGAGUGUCCCAUGCAGCUAUUCUAUGUAGAUUCCAUCUUUCAAAGUAGUUGAAUUGCUUUUGUCAAUCAUGACACGCUGAUGAGAAACGUGAAGUAAGAAAUUCAUCAGUUUGAAAUCAUUUUUUCAGGGUGAGAACAUUCAUUGCCUUCUUGUGCUUUGUUAUUGAUUAUGUUUGAACCUAAACAUGAAUAUUAGCUAUUCAAUUCAUGAUGCCAUUUAUGAGUAUUCUUGUUGCUUAAUAUUGACAAGUUGUAAGGGGAACAACUUUGUAGCGGAUUAGAUGAAAGCCCUGCCCUGUCAGACAUAGCUGACCGAAUUGAUGAAGUUAAUAUUUCCUACUGCAGGAAAUUAGGUAGCCUGCAAUUAUGGCCUUUCUGGAGAGAAAUUUCUUUUAAUGAUGGAGUCAAUAGAUAGAAGCAUAACUUCGAAAUGUUAUAACCAUCCCUAAUUUAUCCAUGAAGGUUUUUUUUCUUAUCUGAAAAAGAUCAAACUGCAAUAGAAGUUGGAAGGUGCAAGAGAAGGUAUGCCUUUCAGGUUUGUUGUUGAAAAUUAGUUAUAUUACAUCGAUAACAACAUUGCCUUAUGCCAAGUGAUUUUGUGUGUUCUUUUAGAAUCUAAAAGGAGAAAUGCCAAGUCAAGUCAAUUGUAAACCCAAGAGUCUAAGGGAGAGACAGUCACGGCUCUUUUCAUACAUUGUAGUGAAAAAUAUUCUUAUUGGCAUUUGAUAAUAGGCUAGGAGCCUAAUACAUUGGUUCAUUGCAUCUUAGAUGUGAAAUACUGAUGAAUGACCCAGAAUAUACAUAAGAUCAUGCCAAUCAGAAGCUUGUAAAAACAAAUGCAUCCACAAGGUUAAUCAAGAGACUUGCAAAGCUCUUACCUGGUUUCUGUGUAUGACCGCAGGCUUUCGCUGCAUAAUUUCAUGACGCGAGGAUUGUAAGUGCCCUGAUCAAUCCUAACCCGGAAUCUUCAUACUGUUGCUCAGAUAUUGGAGCAUCAUGUUUCUGAUAUUUCUGGCUGGCGGAUGCAAAUGUUUUGUGCUUCUGCUGGAGGAUUAAAGUAGUAUUUUAAAGACUUCGGCUAUCAUUUGGCCAAGCUGAAGCUUGGAUAUCCUUCAGCAAUCUGCUAGUCCUCCGUCCUAGUUAUGUUGUUAUUUGUGCAUAGCGAUGGCUGACAUCGGUAGAAGCUCAAAACCUUGCACAUACUGCAUCAACUUCCCUCACAAGUUAGUAUAGAAGUCCAUUGUACCUUGCAAUACGAAAAUGAGUUUGAGAAAGAUAACAGGAUUCUCGUGUUGUUGAUUCUGUUUGUUAAUGUAUGGGGAUUGUACUUUCAAGGCAUCAAAUAAAAGAGUUUCCGAUCUUCUAUA